AUGGCCGAGAUCUUGGGUGUAUUUGCGAGCUGCGUGGCUGUAGCCCAGCUGGCAGGCUCCAUCGUAGCCAGCUCCCAAAAGAUAUACACCUUCUUGGCAAACGUUAAAGACGCACCGAAGAAUGUGACGGAUUUGAUUACAGAGAUUGAGCUUCUUGGGGGGUUAUUGCUCGAAUACUAUGAUGCCGAAAGUGCUGGUGGACGGACAACCUCUGCCAUUACGGAGAAGACAUUAAAGUAUUGUCGCCAUACAAUGAAUGAGCUUGAUGAAAUACUGCGGAAAAUGGAGGACGUGCAGCAGACCAAUCUUCCAGGACUAUCAGGGAUUCCUUUGAUUCAUAAACCACGUAACGCUACACGCACUCUAAUCGAUGGCAAAAUGAAGGCUUACGGUCUCGGACUUUAUCGCUCCCUCACUUACGCUUGUGAGGACUGUGAUAUUGUCAGAAGCUCUUCUAGUGAAGAAAGUACUACAGUUGAUCCAGAACUUAUUGAUGUCGAUAUUUAUCUACAGUUUCUACCGAAGGCGUGGUUGAAAAUGAAAGCUUACUCGAUGAAGCAAAGCCGACGCUUUGGCAAGUGGAAAUAUUCCUGGCAAUUUCUCUGUAUUAUUCCAAAUGACUCUCCAAUAUUUACCGCUUGUAGUAAUGGGGAUAAAAACGAGGUGAUUCGUCUCAUCGAAACAAAGAAAGGAAGUGUUUUCGACGUUAGUGAAGAUGGCUGGACCCUGCUCCAUGUUGCAGCAGCCAAUAUGCGACACGAGUUAUGCCGAUGGCUACUUUUGAACGGAGCACGUAGCAGCGACGAAGGUAUCAGAGUCGGAUGGACUGCUUUGCAUGCCGCGGCUGAAUUCGGUGGCAGACUCACUCCCAACGUGGAGAAUUAUGGGAAAUCAUUUGAACCUCCUAAUGUUUCGAUACGAUAUCACAGAAUGAUUACUCGCCCAGCUGCAGAGGUUCUAGACACGAUAAGAGUUCCAGUAGAAUUGGGAAAAUGUGAUCCGAUGGAAGAAAUUCCAGUCGAGCGAUGUCUCGACCUCUGCCGCUGGCCAUCAGAUGCAAAUGGCUUGGCACAAGUUAUUAUGAGAUGGUUUCAUCUCCUCAGAAAAGCUAAUCACGACUUGCAAGACUACUUGGCACGAGAGUCGGACUUACACCCGCCUGAAGAGGUAUUUGAGCGUGAAAACUCGGGAGAUAUGAUGUUCUUUUUUGAAAUGUACGAUUACCGUUCGGAUUUCGAACUUAUGCGAAGGGAGCGUGUAGAAGCCUGCCUACCAGAGAACAUAGCAGGGGCAUGGAAAAGUGAACACGAAGAGGAUCUCGACACUGGUCUAAAGAUUUGCCCAUGUUGUAUUAUUCAGCCUACUAAUCGAAGUCCGGAUUUCAGAAUAGCUUUUUGGAUCGGUCAAUUGAAGGACGGAGUGCAAUCUUUUGAGCCAGCUGUUUACACGCGUCGACGAUUGAAAAAGUCUAAAUGUUGUUGCUACUACACUUGCUGUGAAUAUGAGGGCGAGCUUGAUGAUACACCGGUGGAAACACAUUUCUGCGAAAACUUGGUAGACUUGAGAUUAGUAUGA